UAGUUUUGUCAUAGAAUACACGUGGUUAUAUUCCCAAUACCUAGAAUCACUAUUGAUUUUCGAAAUAAACUUCCACUGUUUUUUUGUAAAUUUGUGUAUUAAUUUUGUUUUUUUUUUAAUCGUCGUAGAAUAUUUUAUUUGGAAUGAACAAAAACAGUUUGGUGAAUUUGCUGUUCUUACAAGCAUCUUGUCAAGAGGGUGGUGGUUAUUUAAAACGAGCAAAUCCCGAACGUUUACAUGAAGUCUUCGAAAAAUAUGCAUCCGCUGAAAUUGAUGGAGAAAAAUUUAUGACCAGCAAUGAUUUUAUACGAAACUAUUUACAAUUAUUUCAAUCGGAAAAUUACAAUGCAGAAUCUAUGCAAUUAUUGGCCAGUAUCGUGGAUGCAAAUAAAGAUGGACUCAUUUCAUUUGCAGAAUUCCAGGCAUUUGAAGGUUUACUCUGCGUACCGGAUGCUCUCUAUAAAACCGCUUUUCAAUUAUUUGACACAAAUGGAAAUGGAAUGGUUACUUUUGAUGAGUUCGUUGAGGUAAUAAAUAAGACUGAAUUACAUAAACGAAUGCCAGUUAAUAUGGAUGGUGAUUUUGUAAAAUUAUACUUUGGUAAAAAGAAGGAGCGUGUUAUUAGUUAUUCAGAAUUCAGUCAAUUUUUACAUGACUUCCAUGAAGAGUGUGCUGUUGAAGCGUUUAAACGAUUUGAUAAAGCUGGUACUGGAUUUAUAUCCGUUAUGGACUUCCAAGAUAUUAUGAUAAGCAUUAAAACACAUUUAUUAACGAAACAAAUUCAAGAUAAUUUAGUAACGGUUGCAGGCGGUUUACAAGGUGGUAGAAAAGUUAGUUUUCCAUAUUUUAUGGCAUUUAAUUCAUUGUUAAAUAAUAUGGAAUUAGUAAAACGUAUUUAUUUAAAUGCAACAAACGGCCAUCGUAAUCAAGAGGUGACUAAAGAGGAAUUCUUACAUUCAGCACAAAUGAUGUCACAAAUUACACCGUUGGAAGUGGAUAUUUUAUUUCAACUAUGUGAUAUGCUACAUCAAACAGGGGAAUCGUCACCGAACUACAGAGAUUACGGCAACGGCUUCUGGUCUGGACGAAUUGUUUACAAUGAUUUGAAUGCGAUUGCACCUGAGCAAUAUUAUAAAAAAAUUACAAAUCGUCUUGCUGAAAUUAAAGCAGUUUCUAGUCCUGAAGAGCGUGGCGUUUUAAUACAAAUUUUGGAAAGUACAUACAGAUUUACAUUAGGAUCAAUUUCAGGAGCCGUUGGUGCAACUGCCGUAUAUCCAAUUGAUUUAGUAAAAACACGAAUGCAAAAUCAAAGAACGGGAUCAUUUAUUGGUGAAUUAAUGUACAGAAAUAGUUUUGAUUGUUUUAAAAAAGUAAUACGACAUGAAGGUUUCUUCGGUUUAUAUCGUGGUCUUUUACCACAAUUGAUGGGUGUAGCACCGGAAAAAGCAAUAAAAUUAACAGUCAAUGAUUUAGUACGUGAUAAAUUUAUGAAUAAAAAUGGAUAUUUACCGAUGUAUGCCGAAGUUUUGGCUGGUGCAUGUGCAGGCGCAUCUCAAGUAGUAUUCACAAAUCCAUUAGAAAUUGUUAAAAUUCGAUUACAAGUUGCCGGUGAAAUUGCUGGUGGUUCAAAAGUAUCCGCACUUGGUGUUGUUAAAGAUCUUGGAUUGUUUGGAUUGUAUAAAGGAGCUCGAGCAUGUUUCAUGCGUGAUGUACCAUUUAGUGCCAUUUAUUUCCCAAUGUAUGCACAUACAAAAGCAGCCUUGGCCGACGAGAACGGUUACAAUCAUCCGUUAACGUUGUUAUUAGCUGGUGCCAUAGCUGGUGUACCCGCUGCAUCGUUAGUAACACCUGCUGAUGUUAUUAAAACACGUUUACAAGUGGUCGCACGACAAGGACAAACUACUUAUAAUGGUUUAGUUGAUUGUGCGCAAAAGAUUUAUAAAGAAGAGGGACCACGGGCAUUUUGGAAAGGAACUGUUGCUCGAGUAUUAAGAUCAUCACCACAAUUCGGUGUUACGUUGCUGACAUAUGAAGUAUUACAACGACUGUUUUUCGUUGAUUUCGGAGGAUCCCGACCGACUGGUUCUGAACUCGUUGUACCUGCAGUUGGUGUGGCCGAUGACUUAAAGUCUACAAAUCCGGAUCAUGUUGGUGGAUAUCAAGUGGCUUUACCAAUACUUAGUGGAAUUGAAACAAAAUUCGGGCUGUGUUUACCAAAAUUUUCCAUAUCACCUAAUAAACAAUAAGAAACCUGAAAAAUAAAAUAGGAACAAAAAUUUUUAGGGAACCAUAAUCAAAAAUAUUUUCCAAUUAUGGUUUAAAAAAAUUUCAAUAUUUGUAUGUCAAUUUUUUUACACAGUUGUUUUUCUUUCCGUGAAUCAGACACGUUUUAGUGGAUCCGAUCGAAUACUUGAAGAAAUAAUUAUCUUCGAAAUUUAAUUUUAUCUCGCAGUUGCAUACAUGGAAUAUCAACGAUGUGUAGAAAAUUUAAAAAUCCACGAAGGCUACACAAAAUUUUUACGUAACUCGAGAAUGAACUAUUAUUGAUAUUAAAUACUCGUGUGUGAGGAUGCCUGUAACAUGACCAAAGACAAUCAAUUUUAUGUCGUGAAUUGAAAUGCAAGCUAAACAUAUCUAUAGGUACAUAAACUUAUGGCGUUGAAGAAGAAAGGUCCUUGUAAUUAACAGAUGACAAUAGAAUGAUUUAGUAAAUUCGACUUGCCCACAAGAUAAAUCCCACUUGACGCAAUAAACGGUACCGUUUUUUACAGCCCUUGGAAAAAUUCAAUACUUUCAGAUAUGACAAAUUAGUUUCUGCGAUGAAUUUUGUUUUAUCGAUUUGAUCGACUUAAAAUCGGUACAACGGAAUCAUUAAAUUUUUUUUGGGAAGCGCUCAUGAAAUGAACUAUGCGCUGCAAUGGCGACCGUUCAGAGUCUGAUGAUAAUAAUAAUAAUCUUUAUUCAAAUAAAACAAUUUUACAUCGUUUUGAAUACGUCACAAAAGAUAAUCAUUAUCAAUCACACGUUUAAGUGUGCGUACAUGGUCAGCUUCAAACUUAUGUUUGAAACACGAAACGUUCCAACUUUUGUUUGAUAGUUUAUGGGAAAAAUCAUAUGGAAAUAUGGUUAUGGAAAUAACUAUGGAACUUGUAUUUCGGUGAUAUCAGAGCUAUACGGAAAGUGUCAAUAAUUUCAAUUAUAAGCAUCCGCUGUAAACAUCAUGUUAUUAACGCUCAAAGUGUCCUCCUGACCGGUAUUUUUCGUUUGAGCAGAAAACAGCCAUUUUAUGUACAAUAUAUUUGAAAACGAGAACCAUUCAUUAUUAAAUUAUUUAUGUGUGUAGUUUGCAUUUCGAGAACGGAAAAAUGUGGUAUGAAUUGAGCUUUAUUUUUAAAAUGACUGUGUAUAAAAGGAGAAUUAAUUCAAUAAUUCAGAGUAUUAAAUUACUAAUUAAUUAAAAGAAUACUCAAAUUAAUUAAUUCAAAAGAAAUACGUUAACUUUGUGCUAAAUCCAUCAUAUCUUAAAAAAAGGGAUUCGUAAACAUAAAUGAUAUUAGAAUUUGUGAUUUGGUGAUCCACGUUGAAAUUUUAUGUGUGUGGAUACGAUUAAAAAUUCAAAAGGAGUGCCACCAGGAACUGGAAAGCUUGAAUUUCUGCUAUGUGUACGUCCAAUUUCUGUCUACGGAUCUUUAUGAAACUGUACAUAUAUCUAGAUAGAUAUUAAUAAUUAUAAUAAUAAUU